AUGGAGGCUCAUACCAUGGAAGCUAUGUCAUCCGAGGGGAUCCAAGAUUCAGGAUCCAAGAUUCAGGAUCCAAGAUUCAGGAUCCAAGAUUCAGGAUCCAAGAUUCAGGAUCCAAGAUUCAGGAUCCAAGAUUCAGGAUCCAAGAUUCAGGAUCCAAGAUUCAGGAUCCAAGACUCAGGAUACAUGAACACAGCGUCUCUCUUCUCUCUCACCUCUCACCUCCCCCUUCUCACCUCUUUAAUACAGAGUAGGGGCUCAAGAGUUGGAAAUCAGGAAUUGGAAACCAGGAAUUGGAAACCAGGAAUUGGAAAUCAGGAAUUAGAAACCAAGAAUUGGAAAUCAGGAAUUGGAAAAAUCAAUAAACGACUUUUAAUACUUAAUUCAGAGAUAAAUGCAAAGAAGCAGAGAAGCGCAGCGUAG